AUGGAAGACGUGGCUGAAGAACUAGCUAUAGAUCUAUUGACUGGUAGAAAGUACCAUGUUUACUCUGGCAAGCAAAAAGUAAGUUCUUAUUCCUUUGGCAGGAUAAGACUGUGGAAGACUACCCCUUUUACCCACAAAGCUCAGAUUGAACCACGUACCACUCAAAAUUGGGUCAAGCUCAGUGCAGUAGAGAGUUUGACGAAAACAUUCGAGAACUUUCGCUUAAAAGAAACGUCUACUAGAAACUUCAUCCUAUACGAGUGUACUUUGAAUUUCAAGAGAACAAACUUGCAAUCUCUGACAAGAAAUAGCGGCAGGGAUCUCGAAAACCGCUAUCAAUGGGUUAAAAAAUUGGUUGAAUAUACUGAAAUGAGCUAUCUGACCAGCUGGGUUCUUGCAGAUGAAACUGAUUUCAAUAUCAACAUGAGAUCUGAGAUUAGAAAGCCUUCAAACCCCAAGAAAAGAAACGCCAAGGGAACUGUUACUGGCCAUUUUAUGAAGUUUAUUUCUAAAAAUUCAGAUAAAAUAGAAAAAUUCCCUAAAUUGAGUAAAUUUUAUGUAGCUAUAGGAAAUGCACCCACCCAUAUCUUAGAGGAUAUCGUGAAGUUGAUCGUAACAAGAGGCUAUAGAGCUAUAUAUUUGCUUCCUACUUCCCUAAGCUGA